AUGUUAUAUUUAAAAAAUUACUCAAAACUAACAAUGAAGGAAAACUCAUACUUUCAAAUUAAUAGUGGAAUAACAGCAACUGGAAAUUCUUCUUUAACAUUUAAAGAUAACUCUUUACUUAACACAAGCUUACAAAUCAAUUUAUAUGACAUUGUCAAAAUUAUUUUAAAAGAUAAUUCCAAUCUCCAAAUGGGUAGUGUUAAUAUUAUAACGGGGACUUUAAAUAUGUACAAUAAUACAAGCAUUACAACAAGUGGUACUUCUAUAAUAAAUUGUUCCAUCUUAAAAUUGUUUGACAAAAACACAUCUUUGUUUAUGACAGACAAUUCUAAAAUCAAUAUUUAUAUCUAUUGUUCUUUAAAUGGGAAUAUCAGUUUGACAAAUCAGGCAAUAUUAACAGUUAAUGGAAAACUCUCUAUUAAAAACGAAGGAACAACUACAAUGAAUGAUAACACAAAAAUCGAAGCUAACCAGUGUUCGUUAUCUUCCAAUAAAUUUGAAAUGAAUGGAAAUGCAACAUUAUCUUGCCAGGACAAGUUAGAAAUAAAUUCACUUUUUGUUCUGAAAGACAAUUCUAAUGUUUCAGUUAAAGGAGAUGUUAUAUUAUCUGAUGAUACUCAAAUUUAUAUAAUGGGACACUCAGCAAUAACAACAAAUGGAAACGUUGUGGUUGGUGGUCAGUCAUAUAUAUUUAAAACGUUGAAUAUGAACGAAAGUUCAAUUUUUAAAAUCAUUGGAACACUUGUUACUGAUUACAACACGACUUUGAUAAUGCAAGGAAAUUCAAUGAUAAAUUCCACUCAGUUUAUCACAUUUUGUGGUAAUUCCAGUGUAUUUCUUAAUGAUAAUUGUACUUUAAAAACACACGACUCAAUUUUUAUGAAUGGCAAUAGUUCUUUAGAAAUGAAUGGAACUGCAUUGAUUGAAACUCAAAACAAUUUGUAUGUGACAGAUAACAGUACAUUAUUGAUGGAUCAAUACUCUAAAAUGUAUAUCGGUGGGUUUGUCAAAAUACAUGAUGAUUUUGAAUAUCAACCGCCAACAGAUACACAAAAGUAUUACAAAGGUGGUUUAAAAGUGUAUCAAGGCGCUUCUCUGACUUCUUCGAAUGUGACAAUUAUAAAAGGAAACUUGUUUAUAAGUGGUAUAUCUGAUCACAAAGAAGAUAUCCCAAAAAUAGAAGUAGACAAUUUUGGUUGUGCAAAUGGGUUUGUAUUUUUUGGACAAGACUCGUUAAUAAUAACUCAUACGAACGUCAACUUGUCUUUAUGCAUUUUAGACGUUUUUUCUCGAACAAUUCGUGAUAUCCCACUAUUCAUCACUCGUAACUUCGAUCAAAGAAAUUUUACUAUUACGACUACAAAUGAUUUUGAUUUAAUUUAUACCGACAAUGUUUAUUCGGGAAGUAUAAAUGGCAUGUCAAAAUUAUUAAAUGGCAAAUUGACUCGUAUGGGGAGUUCAGAGAAAAUAUUUUGCCAUUUGAAUAAAGUCGAUUUAUCAACAAAAAGAUGGAAUUAUAAGGAACCAUACUGUCCUCUUGAAAAUGACGUCGAUUGGUACAUCACACCGUUGUAUAACGUGACUUCAAUGUUGAUUGAAAACACGACAAAAAGUGACACAAUGGUAUUGAAAAGACACCAGAAACAAGCUGAGUUGUAUUCAGAUGAAAGCGCCACAAUAUUUGAUACACAAAUUUCGUUUUAUAAAACUGACAAUUUUGUUGUUGGUAUUUUAGCAAACAAAGUCACUGAAAUAUCAACAAUGAACUUAUCAAAAAAUGUUUUAUUUAUUUCAGAAACAAAUUUAUAUCAUGAGGGAAUCACAUUUCGUGCCGCUUUAAACAAGAAUUACAUAUUAACACCAAUUUUGUAUCCAAAUUGUGAAUACCCAUUAAUGUACAAUAAAACUAAUCAUUCAUGUUAUUCAACAAUAGAGUGUAGUGAUACAAAUUGUAAGUAUUGUCCAUUAGAUACACGGUAUUGUGUUCAAUGUCAUUCUUCGUAUUCUUUAGAAAGCGGGAAGUGUGUUAAUAUAACAAAUUGUUUAUAUACAAAAGCAAAUCGGUGUCUGUCUUGUUCCAAAGGAUAUCAUUUACAAACAAAUGGUACGUGUAGUCUGAUAAACAACUGUGCUAUAAUCGAGUUUGAUGGAAAAUGCCAAUUAUGUAAUUACAACAAACAGUUGAUUAAUAUAAAUGGUUAUUGUAUUGAAAAAGAUUCCAACAUUUCAAUUUCAAGCGAACACACCAUUGUUUCGUGUAACAAAGGGUUUUAUAUUAAUUCAUCGACGUGUAAAAACUGUACAGACACAAACGUCAACUCAUUGUGGUGUGAAAAUGGAAAAACGACGAAGUGUCAGUCAACAAGUGAAAUGACACCAAAUGGAAAAUGUGAUAUUAAAAUAUGUGACAACAAGAAUGAGUCCAAUGUGAGAUGUUCAGUUGACAUACCAGACUGUCUGUAUACCACAAACAACAAGUGUUUUUAUCUUACAAAAACUCAAAGUUGCGAACGUUGUGAUGACAAUUUGUCUAAGUUGACAAAUGAUUAUUUCCUAACUAAUUACAAAUGUGAAACAAAUGAUAACAUAAAAUAUAAAUGCAAUUCGUUUUCAAAAGACGGAGGGUGUGUAAUUUGGAAAAAUGGGUAUUACAGAGUUGGUCUUGACUGUUACGACUGUGAUGUUAAAUGUGAAACGUGUAAUAACAAUAACACGUGUCUUUCUUGUAACUCAACGAAUUAUAGAACUAAAAGUGGAAAAUGCCUUCCACAAUCGUGUUUAGUUGGAUGUGAUAAUGUAACAUCAGACGGCUGUUUAAAAUGUUCAGAACACUAUUUUCAAAUCAAUGGAAACGAAUGUGAAAAGUGUGAUGAGAAUUGUAAAACGUGUUCUUCACAAACAAUAUGUGUGACUUGUUCUUCUGAUAUGGUUAUAUCUUCAAAUGAUAAAUGUCUUAAUCUAAUUUCCAUUUCAAAAUGUCUUGAAAUUACAAAUUCACAAUGCACAAAAUGCAAAUUUUGGAAUUCACCCAAUUUAGAAGGGAAAUGUUGUGAAACUAAAGUGGUGUGGUGGGUCAUAUUAAUAUCCGUGUUAAUAAUAAUAGUCAUUUUUGUCGUCAUGUUUAUUGUGAUAGUUUUGAUUAUAAGAACAAUUUUGGCACAUCUUCAUCAAAAAGAAGUUGAAAAGACGACAACUAUAUUUGCAAUGAAAUCAUCAAAUGUUAAUUUCAUAUUACUUUGUGGGGGAAUAAGCGUGCAGAGUAAAGAAAUUGAUUUUAAUUCAGACAUCGAAGAAAUGCCAGUUAAUGAAGAAACCAAACAGACUUUUUGUGUUGGAAAUUCAUCGAAAAAUGUUGUUAAAAUUCAAUUCACAAUUUCUUCAAAAAACAACAAAUUAACAAUCAGAUUUGAUCCAGAAAUAGUUGUGUUGAAAAGUGGGUUUGCUUGCGAAUUUUCAAUAUAUUUAACACCACAGUGUACUUGUCAUAUCACUGAUAUUAUUCAAAUUGUUUCUAAAAAUAUUAAAAACGGAAAAGAAUGUUAUAAUUCAAUCACUAUCAUAGGAGUGACAAAACAAUCAACAAGACUUGAUUACGACGAGUUGAUAGAAGAGAAAAAACUUGGUGAAGGCUCUUUUGGUGUUGUGUUUAAAGGCACAUUCAGAGGAAACACAGUAGCCAUCAAAAAGAUGAAAAACAGUAAUGAUGAUAACAAAUUAAUGAAAGAGUUUGAGAAGGAAGUUGCAAUGUUAGACAAGUUCAGAAAUGAGUAUAUUGUUCACUUCUAUGGCGCCGUGUUUAUUCCAAGUCACAUUUGCAUGGUUUCUGAAUUUGCAGAAUAUGGGAGUUUACAGGAAUUGAUCAAACACAAAAAGGGUGAUGAAGUUGACAUGAAGUUGCGUGUCAAAAUGCUGUUGGAUGCAGCAAAGGGAAUAUUGUAUUUACACACAAAUGGGAUAUUACACAGAGACAUCAAACCAGACAACAUUCUUGUCUUCUCAAUUGAACUGAACGAUGAUGUCAAUGCAAAAUUGACCGACUUUGGAAGUGCAAGAAAUGUCAAUAUGAUGAUGACCAACAUGACAUUUACUAAAGGUAUUGGAACACCAGUCUAUAUGGCGUUUGAAAUAUUGAAUAAACAACACUACAAAAAACCAGCCGACGUGUUCUCGUUUGCAAUUACUAUGUACGAGACAAUUUCAUGGAAGGACCCAUAUCCAGAAGAAAAAUUCAAGUUUCCAUGGAAAAUAGCCGAAAUCAUUUCGUCAGGAAAACGAUUGAAGCGAAUAGACUCAAUACCUGUUAAUUUGUUUAAUUUUAUAAACAACAGUUGGCAACAAGACGCUAAAAAUAGAAUACAAAUUGAAGUUGUCGUCGAAACAAUUAAAACGUACUUUGAUGAUAAUUGA